CUCUCUCUCUCUCUCUCACUCCCCCCUUCACCUUCACUCAGUUCAAUGAUUCAAUUCAUUCUAUAUGAGAGGUUUGAAUCAUUGGGCACUCCAACAUCUUUCAAAAAUUUCGACAGAUAAAUAUAAUUAAACCCACUAAUUAUUAUAAUUAAUCUCUCUCUUAUUAUAUACUAUAUUCCCGCUUUUGUUUCCUUUGUUUUCUGUUUUACUCUUCUUUAGCUUUGUGUAUGGCCGGCCUUGACUUAGGUUCAGCAUCUCACUUUGUUCAUCAUCAGCUUCAACGCCCUGAUCUUCACUCCAAUCAUGAAGAUGACAACCUGCAGGAUCAGGACGACGAUGACCCUCAAGGGCUUGAGCUAGUUACUCCGGGAGGAUCUGGUGGCGGUGGCGAGGUUAGCGGUCGCCGGCCAAGGGGACGGCCGCCUGGCUCGAAGAACAAGCCAAAACCGCCGGUGAUCAUAACCAGAGAAAGUGCAAACACGCUUAGGGCUCAUAUCCUUGAAGUUAGCAGCGGCUCCGAUGUCUUUGACUCUGUGGCGACCUAUGCCAGGAAGCGGCAGCGAGGGAUCUGCGUCCUGAGUGGCAGUGGCACCGUCACCAACGUCACCUUGCGGCAGCCAACUGCCGCCGGUGCCGUCGUGACCCUGCACGGGAGGUUUGAGAUACUGUCCUUGGCCGGAUCUUUUUUGCCGCCUCCGGCUCCGCCGGGAGCCACCAGCCUGACGAUAUUCCUCGCCGGAGGACAAGGUCAAGUUGUGGGAGGAAAUGUUGUUGGUGCCUUGAUAGCUGCUGGGCCUGUUAUUGUUAUUGCUUCUUCAUUUUCCAACGUAGCAUAUGAAAGAUUGCCUUUAGAUGAAGACGAACCAAUACAGAUGCAGCAAGGUCAAUCUUCCACCGGCGGCAGCGGUGGCAGCUCGUUCCCGGACCCGUCCUCAGGGCUUCCGUUCUUUAACCUGCCGUUAAACAUGGCGCAGUUACCGGUUGAUGGUUGGGCCGGAAACUCAGGUGGUGGGAGGCAACCAUAUUGAUGAUGAUCAAUCUGAAAGCUUCAUAGGGCACAUCAAGGUGAGAAGAUAAUUAAUGUCAAAUUAAUGUUUACAGAGAACUUGUAAAUUUUCUUCUCUUUUAAUUUCUUUGUUGUAGUGACGUGUCUGGUGAUGAUGAUGAUUUAUGAAGAACUGAUUUCUAUUA